AUGUCGAAUCGAGCGCAGAAACAACCUGAUUGGAAGGAAUAUUACAAGAAUGGAGUUCCCAAAGAAAUCAUUGUGAUAGACGACGAUAGCCCUCCUCCCCCAACACCAGCAUCCCAGCCCUUGAAUCAGCGAGGAAGCAAAAGAGCCCCGCCCAAUGUACAAGCUACAGCUGGAAGGAAACGAAAAGUGGACGAGGGAUAUGAUGCCAGAUAUAAUGAUAGCCCUGCCUUCUCAACACAUCCGGCGAAAUUCGAUGAGCAUUCGUCAGGAACUUCGGUUUCUACUGAUCGUACUACCUCGCUACAUACGACUGCUCCGACAUCGCUUGGAUCUUAUGGUAGUAGCGGUGCUAGUAACUCGUAUGAGGACGUAAAUGUCGGACAAAAAAGAAAACGUGCACCCCCAAAGGAGACACGGGCGCAAACGAAACGGAAGCAACAGGAGGCAGCAAGCGAUGCUUUUGCAGACUAUGUCCCGCCCCCCAAGCCACCAAUAAAGGCUGCGGAAGUCCAUGUUCCCGUGAUACCUGCUUAUGGCAGCAAGCAUCAAAAGAUUGAUGACGAUGACGGUCACUACAUUGUCACUCCAGGGGCAGACUUUACUGACAGAUAUACCAUCGACAAGCUGUUGGGCCAGGGAACCUUCGGCAAAGUUGUAGAGGCCUGGGACAAAAAGAAGCAGACCAAAUGUGCUGUAAAAAUCAUUCGAUCAGUGCAGAAAUAUCGUGACGCCUCUCGGAUUGAAUUGCGAGUCCUCUCAACCUUAUCACUGAAUGACAAGACGAAUCGCAACAAAUGUAUACACCUUCGAGACUCGUUUGAUUAUCGGAACCACAUAUGCAUUGUUACGGACUUGCUUGGCCAAAGCGUCUUCGAUUUUUUGAAGGGUAAUAGCUUUGUCCCAUUUCCAAGCACACAGAUCCAAAGUUUUGCGCGACAGCUGUUUACCAGUGUUGCUUUCCUUCACGAUCUCAAUCUCAUCCAUACUGACCUGAAGCCGGAGAACAUUCUCCUGGUAAAUGGAGCAUACCAAACGUUCACCUACAACCGAAACAUACCCUCUUCCUCGCACAUUACCUCGCGAACAGCUCGUCAACGGAGAGUGUUGCUGGACAGCGAAAUCCGCCUGAUUGACUUUGGAUCAGCCACCUUCGACGAUGAGUAUCAUUCCACCGUGGUCUCGACUCGACACUAUCGAGCUCCUGAGAUUAUUCUCCAACUGGGCUGGAGCUUUCCUUGCGAUAUCUGGAGUAUUGGCUGCAUCAUUGUGGAAUUUUUUACCGGUGAUGCUCUGUUUCAGACACAUGACAACCUCGAGCAUUUAGCCAUGAUGGAGGCUGUUUGCAAUGCUAAGAUCGAUGCUAAGAUGAUCAAGCAAGUUCAGCAGGCCACCAGAGGGUCAAGCUCGAGCCCGAUGAAGUACUUCAAUCGCAAUAAACUGGACUAUCCACAGCAAGAUACGACUCGUGCAUCACGGAAAUAUGUCAAAGCGAUGAAGCGGCUCUACGAGUUUAUUCCCAACAACAGUCCUUUCAACAAGCAGCUCUUGGACCUUCUCAGGAAGAUAUUUGUAUAUGAUCCCAAGCAGCGAAUCACUGCCAAGCAAGCCCUCAAACACCCCUGGUUCAAAGAAACAAUGAUCGAUGACGGCACCGAAGCUCUGAGAAUUCGAGACCAAAGGGAAGAAGAUGCGCGGCUAGCUGAGGCACGAGCACGAGCAGAUGCACAACACCAGGCUGAUAUGCGGCAGCAGACUGAAGGUCGGCAGGCGAAGAGGAUGCGUGAGGCAUAG